AUGAACCCUUCCCUUCUUAUUGUGCUGAUUUGCUUUGGAGCAAGUCUCUCAGCUUUCAUUGGAGCACCUGACUACACCUGCUACAGUGAAGGAGCCUACAGAUACAUGGACUCAACCUGCAAAACCUUUUACACCUGUUCUUUCCAAGAUUCAGUUUUGACCAAGACUAAUUGGACUUGCCCUGAGGGAGAACUAUUCAAUCCAACAUCAGGAACUUGCCAGGAUGAUAAAGUAGCAGUUUGUAUAGACAAUUUGUGCGACGAUCAGUAUAAAAAUGCUCAACUUCCUGACCCAAAUCAACAAAACUGUACCAGUUACAUUCAGUGUUUUGGAAUUACUUCGUAUUAUCCUGUGGUGCAAAAGUGUCCUGCUGGGCUUUAUUUCGUUGGACAAGGCUGUGGUGAUAAAAAUUUAGCGGUUUGUUAA